AUGGUUGUGUCAGCAUUAUAUAUUUUAGACAACAAAGGGAAGGUUCUUAUUCAUAGAAAUUAUCGUGGUGAUGUUGAAACUGGUGCCAUUGAAAAGUUUAUGCCCAUUGCAAUGGAAAAAGAGGAGGAGGGUAGUCUCAUUCCAGUCCUACAGUUGGGUGAAAUAACAUUCACCUACGUUAAAUAUAACUACCUAUAUUUGGUAUGCUUAACGCGUAAAAAUGCCAACAUUGCAAUGGUCCUGGCGUUUCUGUACAAACUUGUCAAUAUAUUUCUUGAAUAUUUCGGAGAGUUUGAAGAGGAAAGUAUUCGUGAUAACUUUGUUAUUACCUACGAAUUACUGGAUGAAAUCAUGGAUUUUGGAUAUCCGCAGACAACUGACACAAAAAUCCUUCAAGAAUACAUUACUCAAGAAAGCCACAAACUGGAAGUCGCUCCACGUCCACCAGUCGCUGUAACUAAUGCCGUAUCUUGGCGUUCCGAAAAUGUUAAAUAUAGAAAAAAUGAAGUGUUCUUAGACGUUGUAGAAUCCGUAAACUUGUUGGUGAGCUCUAGUGGUAACGUUUUACGAAGUGAAAUAGUUGGGAGCAUAAAACUUCGCGUUUACCUCUCUGGAAUGCCUGAACUCCGCCUAGGAGUAAAUGAUAAAGUUAGAUUUGAAAACAUUGGGCGCGAUAAGGGUAAAGCUGUCGAACUGGAAGAUGUAAAAUUCCACCAAUGUGUCAGAUUGUCAAGAUUCGAAAAUGAUAGGACAAUUUCAUUCAUUCCUCCUGAUGGUGAAUUCGAGCUGAUGUCAUAUCGACUAAAUACUCAUGUUAAACCUCUUAUUUGGGUAGAAGCAAUUAUCGAGAAACACGCUCACAGUCGUAUGGAGUAUAUGGUUAAGGCUAAAGCACAAUUCAAACGUCGAAGUACAGCGAAUCAAGUGGAAAUUCAUAUCCCAGUCCCGUCAGAUGUUGAUUCGCCUAGAUUCAAGACAACAAUGGGCAGUGCUAAAUACGUACCAGAGACAAAUGUUGUUAUCUGGACAAUACGCAGUUUCCCAGGUGGUAAAGAAUACAUUCUGAGAGCUAGUUUUGGUCUACCUUCCGUAGAAGGUAAUCAAGAUGUUGAAUCAAGACCACCGAUAACAGUGAAAUUUGAAAUACCCUACUUUACUGUUUCUGGUUUACAGGUGCAUCAUUUGAAAAUUAUUGAAAAAUCUGGUUACCAUGCCUUGCCAUGGGUUCGGUACAUUACACAGAAUGGGGAUUAUCAAUUACGUACACUGUAA